AUGUCGUCCCAAGUUACAUCUCAAGUAUGGCCUACAAGUGGCCAUGGCAGCUAUGACGCGGAAAGCAGCACCUUCCCCCUCGACGGUAUCUUCGAACGGGAAGCAGGCGGCGGGCCAGACGAAGAAGAGAAGAAAGCUCACAUCUGGAUUUGCAGCAUUAUCGCGGAGGAUACUAAGAACCUUUACCGAGGAUCAUUCACCUCUUGCGCCAAUGCGAGCACCAAUAGUAAAGCCGAAAACACAGACUACAUCACCAGAGCAAAUGCAGCGUCCACUGCUCUUUGCGAUUUCCUCAAAGGCACCGAGUCCGGAUGGGGGCCCAAAUGUCGGGCCAGCGGGACCAUGACGCCAAUGAGAGAGGUAGAACAGAUGAUAUUCAAUGAGCUGGUGGAAUCGUUACCUGAUCAGUUCAGCGACAUUGGCUUGCGGACUGUUGACCAGGAGAUCAUGAGCAAAGUGUUAUUCGGUGAUAGCUCGGAGGACAGUCGUCGUGGCGUCGAUUCGGUGGCUGGGAUGCCACUGAUCGCUGCAGGAGAUGCCGAUGAAGAGAUGAAAGAAGGCACUGCUGCAGCAGCGAAUGAAGAUGAUGGUACUAUCGAUGAUGUCAGACAAGAAGAAGCUGAGCAAACGCUCAACCACGUUGAGUAA